AUGUCCACGUUGUUCUUAAUCUUGUUCUUCUUCUCUCACUCCCUCUGUGUUCUGCAAACCCAAGGCCUUAAUUCAGCUGAUGAAGUCAACGACUCUCUAACGUACCUAUGGCCUCUGCCUUCCGAGUUCACCUCCGGCAACAAGACCUUUUCUGUCCACCCACAGCUCUCGCUCGUUGUGGGCGGGAACGGAGGCAACUCUAGCAUUCUCAGACUUGGGUUUGAUCGCUACAAAGCUAUUAUAUUCAAGAACAGUCAUGAGGUUUCUUCCUUUGAUAGAAUAAGGGGGAGGAGACUGUCCUAUGAUGUUACUAAACUGAAAGUUGUGGUUCAUUCAGAUAGCGAAGAUCUUCAACUUGGUGUGGAUGAGAGCUAUACUUUGUUCGUGCAGAAGAAGGAUGGCCAAUCGAUUGUUGGGGAGGCCACCAUUGAGGCAAACACAGUGUAUGGUGCUCUGCGGGCAUUAGAGACAUUCAGCCAAUUGUGUACUUUUGAUUACGGGAGUAAAUCUGUACAAGUAUACAGGGCACCCUGGUACAUACGGGACAGUCCAAGGUUUGCAUACAGAGGGCUUUUGCUUGAUACAUCAAGGCACUAUUUACCAGUUGACGUGAUUAAACAAGUAAUUGAAUCGAUGUCAUAUGCUAAACUUAAUGUUCUUCAUUGGCACGUCAUAGAUAGAGAGUCAUUUCCUCUAGAAGUACCUUCAUACCCAAAGUUGUGGAAAGGUUCAUAUACAAAGUGGGAGCGCUACACAGUUGAGGAUGCAAUUGAAAUUGUGAGCUUUGCCAAAACAAGAGGCAUUAAUGUUAUGGCAGAAGUAGAUGUCCCUGGUCAUGCAGAAUCAUGGGGCGCUGGAUAUCCUAAUCUUUGGCCUUCCACUUCCUGCAAAGAGCCACUUGAUGUAUCAAAGAGUUCAACUUUUGAUGUGGUUUCUGGAAUUCUGACAGAUAUGAGAAAGAUUUUUCCCUUUGAGCUAUUCCACUUGGGCGGUGAUGAAGUUAAUACAACUUGUUGGAGCUCCACUCGACAUGUGAAGCAAUGGCUUCAGCAACACAACAUGACUACUAAAGACGCAUAUCAGUAUUUUGUUCUCAAAGCACAAGAAAUAGCAAUUUCAAAAAAUUGGACCCCGGUAAACUGGGAAGAAACCUUCAACACCUUCCCAACAAAGCUCAAUCCAAAGACUGUAGUGCAUAACUGGUUGGGCCCAGGGGUUUGUCCGAAGGCUGUUGCCAAAGGUUUCAGAUGUAUUUUCAGCAAUCAAGGUGUUUGGUAUCUUGACCAUCUAGAUGUCCCUUGGGAAGAUACUUAUAAUGCUGAACCACUUGAAGGAAUUAAUGAUGUUUCUCAGCAAAAGCUUGUUCUUGGAGGAGAAGUAUGCAUGUGGGGUGAGACAGCUGAUACAUCAGAUGUUCAGCAAACUAUUUGGCCUCGAGCUGCUGCUGCUGCAGAGCGUUUGUGGAGCAGGAGGGAGGCAACAUCUGCACGAAAUGGUAAUUUGACUGCACUGCCUCGGCUACAAUACUUCAGAUGCCUCUUGAAUAGACGUGGAGUUCAAGCUGCUCCAGUGACCAACUUCUAUGCUCGAAGUCCUCCAAUUUGGUCUGGGUCAUGCUAUGACCAAUAA